CAACGCGAUGAACACUUAUCCUUUACCGUGUUCGACCAAAGUGUUUUACCAUAAAACUACCCAAUCGUCCGUUUUCCGUACAAGCAGCGACGUGUCCCUACAAAGUCCAUGGCCAGUAAGACAAUAAAUUAAACACAGAAAACGGGUACAACGUCAGGAGUAGUACAUCAGCCAAUGUCCGUUAUUUGACAGUAUUGACUACUGGACAGUGGACGUUCGUCGUUCAGUAAUAAUUAGUAUUCCCUUUCCUCCUGUCUAUAGUAACACACACGCACACAAUACGACUGCUGGAACUUCUCGUCAGCUGCUGGAAAACUCAAAACAUUGAUAACGUCAUAUCACGUGUGCACACGUUAUGCGGCAUUAAGCAUAUUAUUAUUUGUUAUUUCUUUUUUUAAUUAAAGAGCUAUCUCAAUUAUUACGGUUUACCGUUUUGUGACCAUCGGAUUUGAUAUUUAAAGCCUCGAUGCAGAACUGGUUGGAAUUUCAAGCUGUGGUGAUGGCUGCCGGCAAAGGCUCUCGGAUACCCGAGAUGACCGCUACAAAGCCAAAAUGUUUACUGCCGGUGGGCAACAAACCGAUGAUCUACUAUCCACUGAAACUAUUAGAAAAUGCUGGAUUCAAAGAAACUAAAAUAAUUGUACCGGACAAUUAUGCUAGUGAUAUACAAGAAGAAAUUGAUCGUCUGGGCUUUGAAAUGAAUUUAAGUUUUGUUCCAAUUCCAUCAGACGAGGAUUGGGGAACAGCAGAUUCGCUUCGGCACAUUGCUGAUUAUAUUACAACAGACAUUAUUGUUUUGAGCUGUGACCUUAUUACCAAUGCUGAUUUACAUCAAGUACUUGAUGUGUAUAGGAAACACAACGCUUCAUUAGUGUCUUUAUACUUUUCACCAACACAAGAUGAAAAAUGUGAUUUUGUCAUACCCGGGCCAAAGUCUAAAAAUAAAAUUGAAAAAGAUAUUAUAGGAUACGACUCUAAGACAUCUAGGCUCCUUUUAAUGGCAUCAGCUUCAGAUUUUGAAGAAACUAUGCCGUUGAGCAGUGCUUUACUAAACAAAUGUUCGAACCUAAGUUUGUGCUCCAAACUAUUAGAUGCUCACUUGUAUGUUAUGAAACGAUGGCUGGUAUAUUACCUUGUUAAAGACAAGAACAUGUCAACUUUAAAAGGAGAACUACUUCCAUUUGUAGUAAAAAAACAGCUUUCCAAACAUAGUGUUAAUAAAAAUCUUGAUGAAAUGCACCUAGUUGAUGACAUAAAACCUGAUAUAUUUUCAAUGUCUAGAGAAUCAGACAUUGAGUACAAUAUUCGAUCUAUGUCUUCAUUUGGAGACUCAGCCGAUUCUGGUGAAAUAAUUAAGUGCUAUGCAUGUGUGUUAGAUUCUUAUGUUGGCAUACGAGCCAAUAUUUUACAUGAUUAUUGUAAAAUCAAUAAAAUUAUUAACAAAUUAAACAUCGAUUCAGGCGAUGAAAAAGACAAAAUAUCUCCUGAAGCUGAAAUACUAUCCAAUCAACUAGAUAGAGAUACUUGUUUUGUUGGUCCUAAUACUAAAAUAAUGGAAAAGACGUCAAUUAAAAAUUCUAGCAUUGGCUCACGAUGUACAAUUAACCCAAAGACUAGAAUAACUGAUUGUAUAUUAAUGAAUGGAGUAAUUAUUGAGGAAAGGUGUGUGCUACAAAAUUGCAUAGUUUGUCAUGACGCUACGAUUAGUGCUGGAUGCGAACUUAAAGACUGUUUAAUAAGUGGUAACUUCAAAGUUCCUUCAGGAGGAAAACAUUAUAAUGAAGUACUGACAGCUAUGGACAGAUUAAUGGAAAUAUAAAUAUUUUUUUUAUUCAAGAUUACAAUAUGUAGUAGUUUUAUUGUCUUUGUUAAUGUUUUAUCAUACAAUCAUUAUCCAUUAGUUUGCUAUUUGAAUUAAUAAUAAAACAAUUUUCUAUGGAAAUGAAA